AUGGAUCCUCUUUCAGCACACACGUCACCUGCCCAGACCGCCGAAGAACGUCUUCGAGUGUUGUCGAAUAUUGCGCGAGAUGUAGAACUGAGCCCCGGAUUGAGUAUUGACCAGUACCUGCGAGCAAUGCUUUCAAUGCUACGAAUGAUUGACAUGCACAUUGUGGAGAAUCGUCAAGAGUCCGCAUUCGUGUUGGCUUCCAAGUUUCUCACACUGUUCCUAGAAGUGCUCCCAAAACACAAAGAAUUUGGGAAAAUUAACAGCAGUGAUAUGACUUGGUGGAAGCAACGUUGCAAGGCCACAUUCCGGAAUGCUGAGAAUUUGAAGGAGAGUCUUCUCGAGCGAUAUAUGGCUGAGCAUGAAGAUUUCUUGCGAAAACAAGACGAAAAUGAAGAGCGAGAAGAAGACGAAAAUGGCCGUCUAAGUGGAGCAGAAGUGGAUCAGGAUGUUCGACAGUUGUUACCUGAACCUCCUCCAUCUCCGCCUCCAAUAUCAACGCAGCCUAUUGGUCCGGUGCAUGUUUAUACCCCUCCUCCCCAUCCUCGCCCAGUAUCUUAUCCCAGCUUACCCCGAGUCCCCGAACUAAAUACCGCAAAUACCGCGGUACCGAAAGAGCACCGCUGUACUCAACCACCUCCCAUUGAUCGAUCUCUAAAACCACAAACCAAGAGUAUACCACAUGGUUGGUUACCUGUCCGUAUGUCUUUCCGAUUGGCUGAUCGCUUCUUACAGUUGGCCGAACCAAAUACAACAGCCAAUCGAGAGACAUGCGCAAGUCUCUGUGGUAAAUUGGUGGGUAACGAAUAUCGAAUCACAGACGUUGUUAUCACUAAGCAGAGUGGAACGCCUGACUCAUGUACAACACACAACGAGGAGGAACUAUUUGAAUAUAUGGAAAAACGGAAUCUGAUUUUGUUGGGAUGGAUUCAUACACAUCCAAGUCAGACGGCGUUUCUGUCCUCCGUAGAUCAACAUACUCAACUAUCCUAUCAAAUAAUGUUGCCUGAGGCGAUUUCCAUCGUGUGUUCACCUAAAUUCAACGAAGUCGCUGCUUUUUCGUUAAAUCCUGGCAUCGGAAUUCCAUUUGUGCGCCAGUGUAAAGAAUCCGGGUUUCAUCCACACCCCAAAGCAGUGCCCAUUUAUGAACCGUGUCCUCAUCUGAUCGAUGAUCCCAAUGCACCAUUCACAGUUGUUGACCUUAGGUGA